AUGACCAGAAGUUCCGUUCUAGCAGACGCUUUGAAUGCCAUCAACAAUGCCGAAAAAGCCGGUAAGCGUCAGGUUUUGAUUAGACCAUCUUCCAAGGUUAUUAUCAAGUUCUUGCAAGUUAUGCAGAAGCACGGUUACAUCGGUGAAUUUGAAUACAUCGAUGACCACAGAUCUGGUAAGAUCGUUGUUCAGUUGAACGGUAGAUUGAACAAAUGUGGUGUUAUCUCCCCAAGGUUCAACAUCAAGAUUAACGAUGUUGAGAAGUGGACUGCCAAUUUAUUGCCAGCCAGACAAUUCGGUUACAUUAUAUUGACCACCUCUGCGGGAAUUAUGGACCACGAGGAGGCCCACAGAAAGCACGUCUCUGGUAAGAUCUUGGGUUUUGUAUACUAA